AUGGCUGCUAAACUCAAUGAAUUAUGUCUCCAAGAAAUAUUUGAACUCGUCAGUGUCGACAAGAUUGAUGAUCACCAUAGACAAAAUUUAUUUAACUGUGCACUCGUCAAUCGUCACUGGUGUAUCAAUGCAAUCCCAAUUUUAUGGAGAAAUCCAUUUCCUUUUUCAUCACACAGCGGUCCAGCAUUUAUUUCAACUCUUAUAAAUGACCAACAAGGAUCACCAUUUAUAUAUUAUCGAUUAAUCAAGCAGCUAAACUUGCAACUUCUGGCGGAAGCGAUUCAAGACUAUUUGUUGUUAAGUUUUCCGACUCGACAAGAUAAUCAGUCAUUAAAUAUUGUGACAUCGUCUAUUUUGAAAUUGCUUUGCCAUAAAUUGGUCAACACUACUGAGAAUGUCUUUUUUGAACUCAAUUAUCAUAGUGUGGAAAAUCUACCUAUGGGAGAUUGGAAUAUUUACCAAAUACCAGAUGCAGACACAUCAUUAAGAAAACUGCGUAAAUUAAGCAUUUCUAAUGUUAAAAAAAGUAAAGAAAUUCUUGAAUCCGCUUCUAGAGUUUCGCCUAACCUUUCAAAUCUCAAGAUAGAUUGUUCUUGUUUCCUCGAAGAAAAUCCCUUCGAAUAUGAAGAAUUGUUUCAGCUGAUUUCCUAUAUCAAACUGUUCAAUAAUUUAAGAAGUCUAAAUAUUCACGUAUCUAUUGAGAACAACGGCGACAAAAUUUUGUCGGAACUCGGGAAAAACUUACCAAAAACACUGGAGACUCUUUGCAUUGAAGGGUAUUUCGAGUUUUCACAGGAAUCACUUGAAAAGUUUUUUCAUGGGGCAAAAGGAAUAAAAUUUCAGUCAUUAGGCUUUCCAGAAUCGGAAGAAAUUUCAGAUAAACAUUUGGAAACUAUUUGGAAAGCAAUUUACGAUUCAAGCUUGGAUAUCAGCAUCAAAAAACUUGAUGUUCGUUACGGAAACUUUGUGACCAGAAAUCAAGCUAAAAAAUUUCAAGAUCAAGGAAUUAAUGUCGAA